GUGAAUGACGACAGACUGUCGCAUAGUUGUAUAAUCAGGCAACAUGGCCGCAUCCAUGAGACUGCUGGUCCGGAGGGUGAUCCGUCUUUCUCAUAGAAAUAUUAAAGUUACCGCUGCUGGAGUUUCAGGUCGGUCAGGUUGCUGUUGGGAGCCGUCGUCCUGUCGUUUUAGCGAUGCAGCCGGAGAAAGAAGUACACAUUUUGGUUUCGAAACGGUGCCAGAGACAGAGAAGGCGAAGAGAGUGUAUAAGGUGUUUGAGAAUGUGGCGCAGAAGUAUGACAUUAUGAACGAUGCCAUGAGUCUGGGGAUUCAUCGAGUGUGGAAGGACAUGCUGCUGCACGUCAUGCACCCACAGCCCGGGGUGCGACUCCUGGAUGUGGCGGGUGGAACAGGUGACAUCGCCUUCCGUUUCCUGGAGUACGUUCGUUCCCAGCAAGAGCGGCAGAAGCGGCGGGCGGCGCGGUCCAUGCAGACGCCAUCGUGGCAGGACAUUUCCAACAACUACUCCACAGAGGAUGAGGACGGGCCCAAGGAAUCCAGGGCUGUGGUCUGUGACAUCAACAAAGAGAUGCUGAAAGUGGGCAAGCAGAAAGCUGAAAGCGUGGGCAUCAGUGCUGGUCUGUCGUGGGUGGUGGGGGAUGCAGAGGAGCUGCCCUUUGAUGAUGACCAGUUCGAUAUUUAUACCAUCGCCUUUGGCAUUCGAAACGUCACUCAUAUAGAUCAGGCACUGCAGGAGGCUCUGCGGGUCCUGAAGCCUGGCGGCAGGUUCAUGUGCUUAGAGUUCAGCAAAGUGACAAAUCCUGUAUUGGCACGGCUUUAUGACGCAUACAGUUUCCAGAUGAUCCCAGUUUUGGGAGAGGUGAUCGCUGGAGACUGGAAGUCAUACCAGUAUCUGGUAGAAAGCAUUCGCAAGUUCCCAGACCAGGAGGAAUUUAAACGAAUGAUUGAGGACGCAGGUUUCUACUGUGUGCAGUACUACAACCUCACUGGCGGAGUUGUGGCUCUUCACUCUGGUUUCAAGCUGUGAGAUGCACUCCUAACACCUCCUAUAAAAAGCAAAAAGACUCUUUCAGGCUUUUCUGCCUGUAUGACAAGCUGUAGCCAUGCAGAGUUCACAGGCAUGAAUUUCAGAGCUGUUUUCUGCAGGUGUCACUGCACAAUGACAGAAUCAGAGGUCAGUGGACAUAUUUAUUGACUGUAUUUUUUUUCUCCAUCAAACUGUACUGAAUACCUAUAUUAGUGUAAAGAAUGCCACACUAAGAACAAAAUGUCACGGUAUCAGUGUUAAGACUACUGGAAAGUGAUUUCAGUCAGUUUAGAAUUAUUUUUAACAGCUACGUUUUGGCUCCGAUAGGUGUAUCAGGUUAAUAACAAUAAUAAUAAUAAUAUAUUAAAACUUGCAAAAGUCGA